AUGAGCAUCGCAACGUUCGACUCCGUGGUGGAAUUUACACAACAUCUUCUACAAAGCAAUGCAUCGACGGUUACUUUGAUAGUGUGCUCGACGCGAGAGGCCUUUAUCGAGGAGCUGUACGCGGAUAUACAGGCUCCGUCUAUAGUUGUACCACGAGAGCAGUCCAGUUCACCUGCUGAAGAGGUCCAGGAGGAAAGCGAGCAUGCAGAGAACUACCGUAGAGAAAAGGACGAAGAAGAGCAUGAAGAGAAGAAAGAAGACGAUAAUCACGAAGAAGAACAUGAAGAAGAACGUGAGAACAACCACUGGAUGCUCUCGAACACGCUCGAGUUACUGUCUCGCUCCGAGAGAAUACGGGUUGUGUUUUGUCCGGCCAUCGAGCAUCUCCGAGCCUAUCUAGGCGGCUCUUUCAGGAGGCGUCGGCCACAAGAUGGACAGGAAGGGAAUAAGCUGUAUCAAGGCGAUGCUAUGCUUGCAAUAGUCAACCUGGUCUUCCUGCAUUCUUCUACAGUCGAGUUCUCUGCGCAGGGGCUGUCGAGGACGGCUGCCCUGGCCGUGGAGGCUGCUGCGAGAGAACAAGUCAGGCUGGUUCUAUGUGAAUGCGAAUCCGCGCUGGAUGGAGGAGGCUAUGGCUCUGGAAUAUGGGACGUACAAGUUCCGCUGUUGAACUCGAUUACUGUAGAAGAAGGGCAGCCUGGCGGUAGGACCAUACAGGUGAAGCAGGUCAUGAAGAAGUGGUUUCGGUUUUGA